AUGCCUCCCGUCUCUGCUUCCAAGGCCAAGCGUCAGGCCGAGAAGGCCGCCAAGGCUGCGGCCAAGGGCGACAAGUCGUCCAAGUCCUCCUCCAAGUCUGGCACCACCAACGGCACCUCCGAGACUCCCAUGACCAACCUCUCGGCCAACUCGUCCGUCGAGGAGCUCAACAUGAAAAAGCUUGCCAUCGCCACAGAACGCAACGCCUCCGGUGUCAUCACCUCGGACAAGCAGUCCCGUGAUAUCCACAUCGACAACUUCACCAUGUCCUUCCACGGCCGUCUGCUCAUCGACACCGCCACCAUCAACCUCAACUACGGCCAGCGUUACGGUCUUCUCGGUGAGAACGGUUCCGGAAAGACCACCUUCCUUGCCGCUCUGGCUGAGCGUGACGUCGAGAUCCCCGAGCACAUUGACAUCCACAUUGUCUCGGGUGAGGCCGAGCCUUCGGACACCAACGCCGUCGACUACGUCGUCGAGGCUGCCAAGCGCAAGGUGGCCAAGCUCGAGAAGGACAUCGAGGAGCUCUCGGUGGCCGACGAGAUCGACGAGGUGGCGCUCGAGAUGAAGUACGAGGAGCUCGAGGAGCUCGACCCGAGCACCUUCGAGACCAAGGCUGGUAUGAUUCUUCACGGUCUCGGUUUCUCGACCGAGAUGAUGAAGAAGCCCACCAAGGACAUGUCUGGUGGUUGGAGGAUGCGUGUCACCCUCGCCAAGGCGCUCUUCAUCAAGCCCCACUUGCUCCUGCUCGACGAGCCCACCAACCACUUGGACCUGGAGGCCGUCGUGUGGCUCGAGGCGUACCUCUCCACGUACAACCACAUUCUCGUGCUCACCUCGCACUCGGCUGAUUUCAUGGACACGGUCUGCACCAACAUCCUCGACCUCACUCCUCAGAAGAAGUUCUUGACCUACGGUGGUAACUACACGACCUACGUGCGAACCAAGGAGGAGAACGAGACCAACCAGAUGAAGGCGUACGCCAAGCAGCAGGAGGAGAUUGCGCACAUCAAGAAGUUCAUCGCUUCCGCCGGUACCUACGCCAACUUGGUCAAGCAGGCCAAGUCGAAGCAGAAGAUCAUCGACAAGAUGGAGGCGGCCGGUCUCAUCGAGGCUGUGUGGGCGCCCAAGCCGCUGCGCUUCAACUUUGAGGAUGUGCGCAAGAUGCCUCCUCCCAUCAUUGCUUUCAGCGACGUCGCCUUCUCGUACAGCGGCGAGAAGAAGGACUACCUGUACAAGGACCUCAGCUUUGGUAUCGACAUGGACUCGAGGGUGGCCAUUGUGGGUCAGAACGGUACGGGCAAGUCGACGUUGCUCAACCUCAUCACUGGUGCGCUCAACCCGGUCGAGGGCACCGUGCAGCGCCACGCGGGUCUGAAGCUGGGCAAGUAUUCGCAGCACUCUGCGGACCAGUUGCCGUACGACAAGUCGCCGCUCGAAUACAUGGAGUCCAAGUACAAGGAGAAGUUCCCGGACAAGGACCUGCAGUUCUGGCGUGGCCAGCUGGGACGCUUCGGUCUCUCGGGUGCGCAUCAGACGGCGCCCAUCCGUACGCUCUCGGACGGUCUGCGCAACCGUGUCGUCUUCUCGCAGCUCGCCAUGGAACAGCCUCACAUCUUGCUGCUCGACGAACCCACUAACCACUUGGACAUGGGCUCGAUCGACGCACUCGCCCAGGCGAUCAAGGUGUUCGAGGGUGGUGUCGUGAUCGUCUCGCACGACUUCCGAUUGAUCAGCCAGGUGGCGCAGGACCUGUGGGAAGUCAAGGACAGGAAGAUUGUCAACCUCUCGACACAGGACGUCAGCAUCCAGGAUUACAAGAAGAAGCUCGUCAAGGCAUCUGCAGAGGCCAUCGAGAGGGCCAAGCUCUUUGCCAAGGGCAAGGCCUAA